CAUUGACCCCUUUUUUUUGAAAUUCCCAAAUCUCUCUCCAUUUCGGCGAAUCUCUCCUUUCUUGGGAUUUUUUCCUCUUCCACUAAUAUGUUUGCCAGUUUAAUCGGAGCUUAGAUAUCAUCAUCAGGAGCCUUUUUUGUUCUAUCAAUUCGUCUUCCUUGGAUCCAUUUUUCCCCCUUUCUUUCUUGGAAUUGGAAUCUCCGAUUCGACCAAGCUUCUUCGCCGUCUCAUCGGAGACAGACACAUGCUUAUUCUUUUUUUACGCAAAAUCAGCUAAAUUGAACUUAGAUAGAUAGAUAGAUAGAUAGAUAGAUAGGUCAAAUCAACUACGAGGACUGUUGGUGUUUAUCGAUCGACGAACGAACUCGAUGUUGGGUGCUGGAUUUCAGUUGACGAGAGGCCGACACGGCGACGAUCCUCUCCACACUUGGGCAAAAGCUCGCAGGUCCAAUCAGCGCAUCGAUCAGCUCCGGAGAGCUCAGAGCGACGUCUCUAACGGCCCCUCAUCAGCUCCGCAUAAACAACAUAAACUCCUUCCUAACCUUGUUGCCUCUGACCCGUCCGCUUCGUCUUCGAGUAAUCUAGAUCGGUUUUUAGAGUCGGUCACACCAUCCGUCCCGGCCCAGUUUUUAUCUAAGACAUUGCUAUGGGAAAGAAGAGCCGAUGAUGAUUAUAAACCUGUGCCUUACUUUGUGCUUGGAGAUGUAUGGGACUCAUUUGCGGAGUGGAGUGCUUACGGCACCGGAGUGCCUCUUGUCUUGAAUAACAACAAGGAUCGUGUUAUCCAAUACUAUGUCCCCUCUUUGUCAGCCAUUCAAAUCUAUGCUCAUUCUCAUGCCUUGAAUUCUUCUCUUAAAUCAAGGCGUCCAGGUGAUAGUAGCGACAGCGAUUUCCGGGAUUCAAGUAGCGAUGUCAGCAGCGAUAGUGAUUCUGAACAGCUUUCUGCUAGAGUAGACCGUAUCUCAUUGAGGGAUGAAGAUUCAUCCAGUGAUGAUGGCGAACCUUUAGGCUCUCAAGGUCGUUUGAUGUUUGAGUAUCUUGAAAGAGACCUUCCAUACAUCCGUGAACCUUUGGCCGACAAGGUGUUUGAUCUUGCAGCUCAGUUUCCCCAGCUGAUGACGCUGAAAAGCUGUGACUUACUUCCGUCAAGCUGGUUUUCUGUUGCAUGGUACCCAAUUUACAGAAUACCCACAGGACCGACAUUGAAGGACCUGGAUGCUUGUUUCUUGACUUAUCAUUCCCUACACACACCUUCUGGAGGUAAAGGCAGUGCACAAUCAAUGAGCCUUAUGCAGGCAAGGGAGAGUGAGAAGAUGUCAUUGCCUGUGUUUGGGCUUGCUUCAUACAAGUUCAGAGGUUCAUUAUGGACACCCAUUGGGGGUUCCGAGCACCAGCUCGUGAACUCUCUGUUCCAAGCCGCUGACAAGUGGUUGCAUUCUUGUAAUGUAAACCACCCUGAUUUCCUCUUCUUCUGCCGUCGCUGAGUAGGAUUUUUAUACGGAAGAUUCGAUACGGAAAUGACAUGAAGUUGUGAGGCACUUUGAGAGAGUUUUAGAAAGAAACUCAAAAACUGUUGAUAUGGGUUGUUGUCAGAUUCAGGUUUAAAAGGAGUUGAGUUUUAUAUCUGUAAGUUAUAUAGAUAAACGAAUUUUGUUUGGUCAGCAGAUAAUGUAUGUGAACCCUGGGCUAACUGUAUUGCUAUAUACCAAUACAAUGUUGUGUGCAAUAAUAGAAACUUUUGGAGUACA